GGUCAAUUCAAUUGGUUUAUAUACGUCGUUUUGUUCCUCUAUUUCACCUCCGCUGUCGUCGUGCAUAUAUGUAUACACGCGCGCUCGUGAACAUUUAGCAUACACAUACACAUUUUACGACAUAUGUGUAUAGAGUUCAAAUUCAUACAUAAAUAUGUAUACAGUGAGUGGUUAUAUAUAUAUAUAUAGAUAUAUAUAUAUACGAAAAUUUGCCUUUCUGACAAAAACGUAUGACUGGCAACGACGAUAAAGUCAACGGCGUUGCUGUGUUGGGGCUGAAUUUUUUUCGUGUAUAUACAUAUACACUCAAAAGUAUAUAAACAGGACGGGCCGUUGCCAUAUCACAGAACUAGGAAGAAUUUUGAAAGUUAAGUUUCGUGUUAUAUAUAAAUUAAUUAUAAUUUAUUUUACAUGGAAAGUUAAUAUGCACAUUAAAAUGAGAUGUGAUAUUGCAAAUGGUUUGAACAAUAUUUGUAGAUUUAAAAUAAUGUUGGGUUAAACGAAAAACUAAGUGGCAACAAUAGCAAAUCGUUUGUUGUAUUCGGUCAUAUUCGGGUGAUCAGUAGUCGUACGCCUUUUAGUCUAAAUUAAAAAAAAAUAUAUAAAAUUGAAAUAAAAUAUAGACAACGAAUGCCGAGAACGACUUGAAAUUUUACUUUUAUUUUACUCCUUUGCUUUUAUUGUAAUUCCGUUUUCGAGUGUUGUUUAUUUAUGGUUAUUUGCAAAUUUAUUAAUAGAGACGACAGAUUGAAUCGAUGUAAAUAUUUAAUAAAAAUACGAAAACGACAAAGAAUCUUUAUUGCCAUAAACCUCCCAACACCUUAAAGUUUCAAAAUAAAAUUACAUAUUAAGGUGCAUAUCCAGUAUUAUAUAUUCACCCAGCAUAGCUUUUUUAGAACUUAUUAUAGGUAUACCAAGUAACUUUGUUAUUAUUUGUAGCUAUGAAUGCAAAUUAUAUUAUACCUACAUACAUAUAUGAAGAUAAGAUACCCGCAAAAAUGGAGGGAAACCCUAUGCAUGCCCACCGUAUCCCGCCUCAAGAGAUACUAGUGGCCAUUUUCAGUUCGUUUAGGCACUGCUAUGAGGAGCUCUUGUUUGGAUGUGCAGUGUAUAUAGUAUUUUUCACCCAGUAUAGUACAAUGACGCGUUGUAUUCGCGGGCGCAUACCUCAUAUUUGUAUGCAGCUUCACCACCCCAUUCGCCACCAAUUUCCUCUCUUCUCCAAGCAAGUCUUGAAAUCGCAUUCAAAUAUUCCACUUUGACUACCGUGGGUAGUCAGCCAGUCAGACAGCCACCAUUGUCGUUGUCGCCGUCGUCACUGCUGCUGACCCAUUCAAAACAAUAACAAAAACAAGGUACUCAAACUACUAGCACACAAGCAAACUCAUUUUCAAGGAUUGUGUCAUUUUAUUUCUCUUUUACACUCAUUCGUAUGAUGAUGUCAAAACUAGUAUCACUCACUGAAGUUGUUUCACUUUAACACACGCGUUUGUUGCGUUUGUAUGGCUCGGUUCGUCGCUUUCUCUUGUUAUAUACGAGCGCAUAAUCAGCAAAAGCGACGAAGUGUUUGUAUUUUCCUUAUCUCUGCUAGUACAGUUUACAAUAAUAAUAUGUUCGAAUACUCAGACAAUGUUUAAUCGAUUAAAAGUGUGAUAUUUUUAUUUUAAAUUUGUAAUGCACUUUUGAUAGUUUUUCCUGAGUUGCAAAUAUAUGAAUAAAAUAUAAUGUGUUUACUGUUUAUGAUAUUUGGGCCCAUCUUUCUCACCAAUUGCAUAAAAGAAAAGUUUCGCCAGCGAUGCAAAAAAUUGAUACAUGCAUCAAUGUAAAUAAAAAUUCACAUGCCUCUAUAUAGUAAAAAUAUUACCGGGUCGCAAAUAUUUUAAUUUUAAUAAUUAACCAAGCUGAUCAAAAAAUCAAAAAAACAAAUAUGCUUAUAGUGAAAUCGUGAUCUGUGGUAGAAUUAAAAAAAAAAUUGGUAAAUAUUACGAAUGUUUAAUACCUAAUUGUUUUUUAUAAUAUGCAACUGGGAGGAUACAAUUUUGAUACAAGAAUCUAUAGAGAAAAACUUUGUUCUAUUUAGGAUUUAGAAAGCUGUUUGUUUUGUCACACAGAGCUUUCGAAAUUGCCUUCUGUGAGUUGACGGCGACUCACAGCGCAAUGAAAAGGCAACACAGUCAUCGUAUGCCAAUAGAAACAAAGCCGCAGCAAAUAUAUAAAUACAAAUAUCGUGUAAAUAAUAAUAAACCGUAUUUAUUUCCAUUGGAGUUGAUGAGAAAGCCAAGUAUUAUUGAAAAAAUUACUAAGUGAAAUUAAUAAUUAAAAAACAAAAACGUCGGCAGCUUUCGAUUAAAAUCAUCAUCUUAAAAGUGAUAUCUCUAAAGUUGAAAACAAUUGAAAUUGAAAUACAUUAAGUGCGUAUAGACUACAAUAAAAAAUAAUUGCAGCAAUUGCAACCAAAAUGAUGAAACGUACGCGUGUGGAUGAAGUCCAAUACGGCACGCGACCUGGCCCUGGUGGUGUGGGUGGCAGUGGCGGUGGAGGCACUGGCGCGACCAUAGUGGGGACCUCUAAUCCCGGUAACACAGUUAAUAUUGGCACUGUUGUUCCCGGUAGCCAUGGUAAUACCAGUUUAAGUGUCGGUUUGUCAGGAAGUAAUGCAACUGGUUCAAUCCCACAUCAUCGCAUUUUAAUACCGCAACAUGGUGGAGCGCAGACAAUUGCUUAUUUGCCAUCAACAACACCAGCAGCGACAAAUAUGAAGGGUUCUGGUGGAAUGGUGGAUAGUAGUACUGGUAGCGGCAAUUCCUCGAGUCACGAUAAUAGUGGAGGAUCCAGUGGCAAUACUGCGCAGUUACCUGGAGGAACAGUUGUUACUUCAGGCGGCGGUGCCGCGGGGACUGUCAAUGCAGGAACAGUCCACACUCAAGCUGUGCAGUAUUCUUCAACUUCCUACAAUGUUUCAUCAGUAUCUUCCAGUGUUGGUGGUAAUAUUAAAACAAGUACAGAUGGACCCGUGCAAAUUCAUGUAACCGGUGGUGGUGCUGGCAGUAAUGUACAGAACUCUGCAUCGCAGCCAAAUUCUAUGCGGACACGUACAAUCAGCUCUUCUCAAAACAUUGUUGUCGGCAGUGGAACUGCACUGAAUGCAGCACAACCUCUGGCAGUGGUACCACCGUUACCAACAACAUCGGGCCAACAACAAGGCCCUCCACAAGCUGGUCAGCCACAAGGUGGUCCUCCACGGCUUAAAGUGGAGGACGCACUUAGUUAUUUGGAUCAAGUUAAGUUCCAAUAUGCCGAUCAGCCACAGAUUUAUAACAACUUUCUGGAUAUAAUGAAAGAAUUCAAAUCGCACUGCAUUGAUACGCCUGGUGUAAUUCAACGGGUGUCAACUCUUUUUAAAGGGCACACAGAACUGAUUUACGGCUUUAAUAUGUUCCUGCCAGCCGGUUACAAAAUCGAAAUACAUUCAGAUGAAUUAGGCGUUUCAGUACCCGUUGUGUCAAUGCCAUCAGCGUCGCCUAACAGCUUGCACAGUAGUAUGUCUAAUUUACCCGGAAAUGUUGGCAAUAUCCAAACACCACUACUACAUAAAUCAAAUCAAAGUAAUUCAAGUAAUACUUCGAGUACUAUAGAACUUCAACAAAUACAUGGUAGCAGCAGCAGUAACGCAAGUGUGGCUGUCAAUCUGAUGACACACGGUGGCGCAUCGUUGUCCCAAACAACAAUACAUGCACUACAGUCACCGGCUUCACAAUCUUCGCCAAGUGGACCGGGAAUGGCACAACAACAUGCUCAAGUUGCUGUAUCGCCUGCGCCAUCGUCCGUUGCCCAAAUUCAGAGUGUGACAGUGGCACCAGUUUCAGCGGCGCAUUUACCACAAAAUUUUUCACGAGAUCGCGAGCGUCCUCCUAUAGCGCCGGCCAUAGUCACUAGUAGCAUGGGCGGCGGCCCGCCCACACUUAAUGCGCUUGGCGAAUUGAACCCACAAAUAAACAACACUGUCAGUAGUGGCAAUAUCGGUAAUAGUGGAGGCAAUGCCCACCAUAAUCUCCAUCACAUUCAACAGGCCCAUCAGUCAUUACUCAUGGGUGAAACUGUAGGCCAACAAAAUCAGCCGGUCGAGUUCAAUCAUGCAAUAUCGUAUGUCAAUAAAAUAAAAAAUCGUUUCCAGAACAAGCCGGAAAAAUAUAAAAAAUUCCUCGAAAUUCUUCACACUUAUCAGAAAGAGCAGAAAGUGAUUAAAGAAGGUAGUCCCAAUCAAGGGAAAACAUUGACCGAACAAGAGGUGUAUACACAGGUUGCAAAGUUAUUCGGUCAGGAUGAAGACCUUUUGCGCGAAUUUGGUCAAUUUCUUCCGGACGCCACGAAUCAUCAAGGCGCACAAUAUAUGUCCAAAUCGCAUAACGAUCACAAACGUUGCAGCACUAACAUAGCUGUGGGCCCAAUGGCUAACAGCGUUAGUGGCGCAAUAAGCGUUGGAGGCGGUAGUGGCCAUCAUAUGGCCAUGCCAGCAGCAUCUAGUUCCCCGCUACAUCUCAAUAGUGGCGCGACAUUAUCACAAAUUGGUGGUGGUACACAUGCAACGGUAUUAGGAAACUUAUCUGCUGUGAAUACAAGUGUAAGCAUCAAAUCGUACAACAACACCCAAACGCAGCCUCAAAAUCAUGUGAUCAGUGCGAACGCAGUAGGGGGCCGUGGUGGAGACGUAGAUUAUGCACACCACGUAACGCUUCAUUCCAGUAGCGGAGUUCAUUUGAAGGUGAUACAUGAUGGUGUUCACCACGAUUUAAAUGUCGGCUCAAAUAUGCGCAACUAUGAGAAAGACACGCAUCGUAGCAAUCAUCACGCUAUAACAGGUAUAAAAUAUUCACACGGAGCAGGCUCUAAUGUUACCGGAGUUACCAGCCACUCUUCCAAGAAGUCGCCAAGCUACAAUUCCGGAUUUGGUGCGAUAAGUAGUAGUGGCAAUGCAGCAAUGAGUAGUAGUAGCGGAAUUGAUCGAACGUCGAUUAAUAUGAAUUAUUCGCACCAUGUACUCGGUCAUUUAUCGGCAACGCGUCGUCCAGCAAUUGAUGAUGGCGGUAGUGGUAGUGGCGGUGGCGGCGUAGGUGGUGGACCACCGCCGCCUAAAAAACACAAGCCGAUUUGUAAGGACAUCACAUUUUCAGAGGCAUCGCGAAAGUGCACCAUAUCCGACGCGGCAUUCUUCGAUAAAGUGCGCAAAGCAUUACGAAAUCCUGAUGUAUACGACAACUUUUUGCGUUGUCUAACACUAUUCAACCAGGAGAUUGUGUCAAAGACUGAAUUGUUGAAUUUAGUAACGCCAUUCUUAAGUAAAUUCCCAGAUUUACUAAGCGGAUUUACUAAAUUUUUGGGACAACCUGUGUCGCAAAUGCCUUCGGGCGGCAGCGGCGGUACUGGCACCGGCAUAUUUGGAUUGGAAGAAAUACCUAUGCAAUCGGCGCAUCGACAAAGCGGCAGCCUAAGUAAUGCAGGUGCAAUAAACGAUCGUCAAGGCAAUCAUCAAGGCGGCGAAUUGGCACAGGAUAUCGAUUUAACCUCGUGCAAACGACUUGGUGCAUCCUAUUGCGCCUUGCCACAGUCUAUCGUCCCGAAAAAAUGUUCUGGCCGUACAGCGUUAUGUCGCGAAGUGCUAAAUGAUAAAUGGGUGUCAUUUCCAACAUGGGCCAGUGAGGAUUCGACGUUUGUAACUUCACGCAAAACACAAUUCGAGGAAACCAUUUACAGGAAUAUUCACAGGACGGAGGAUGAACGUUUCGAAUUGGAUGUGGUAAUUGAGACUAAUAGUGCAACAAUACGUGUACUCGAGGGUGUGCAGAAGAAAAUGUCACGCAUGUCACCGGAAGAUUUGAGCCGAUUUUAUUUGGACGACUACUUGGGUGGCACCUCACAGACGAUACACCAAAGGGCUAUACACCGCAUAUAUGGUGAUAAGGCAGGCGAAAUAAUACAAGGUCUAAAGAAGAAUCCCUCGGUUGCAGUGCCAAUAGUGCUCAAACGUUUGAAAGUGAAAGAGGAGGAGUGGCGCGACGCACAAAAAGGCUUCAAUAAGCUGUGGCGUGAACAAAACGAGAAGUAUUACUUAAAAUCACUCGACCAUCAGGCAAUCAAUUUUAAACCGAACGACAUGAAAGCGUUACGUUCCAAAAAUCUCUUCAAUGAAAUUGAAACAUUAUACGAUGAGCGCCACGAUCAAGAUGAUGAAAAUGGUGAACCUAUUACUGGACCACAUCUCGUGCUGCCAUAUAAAGAUAAGACAAUACUUGAUGAUGCGGCGAAUUUAUUAAUUCACCAUGUAAAGCGUCAGACUGGUAUACAAAAGCAGGAAAAGACUAAAAUCAAACAUAUAUUGCGGCAAUUCGUGCCCGAUCUGUUUUUCUCGUCCCGUCAACCGUUAAGUGACGAUGAACGUGAGGACGUAUUCCCAUUUUUAAUAGAUGACAACGAAAAGAUGGAUGUCGAUUGCACGACAACAGGCAACCGGAGCGAACGUGAGUUACAUGCCAGCAGCGGUGGCAAAGGUAGUAGAACAUCAAGUGGUAGUACAUCGAACACCGAUACAAAUUGUGGUGCAACAGUAAAUUCCAAGUCCGAUAGCACUGGUUCACAUGAUAAAAAUUCUUUAAAUUCAUCGACAGAAAAUAGCAUUUUGUUGGAAAAUCACAAAAAUGGUGAAUCAAGUACAUCAGCUGUAAAUAGUAAUAACAGCGCUGGGCAAAUUGCCGUUGCGGAUCGCAACACUGGUAAUACAUCUGCUUCCAGUUCAUUAAGUGUGGGCGAAAAAGCCACCUCCAAUAAAGAUUCCAACUCGUCGUCGCUGGCUAAGGGCCAAGUCAAUAAUAUUACCGCUGUCGACGAUGCGAAUAACGCUGGUCGUUCGGCAGCUGAAGCACUAACUAAACCCAACACCAAUGUAGUAUCUUCUACAAUAUCCACAACAGUAACGGUGUUGUCAGAAAAUAAGACACAAGGAAAUAGUAAUGUGACUGGCGCUGCUACGGGCGAAAAUACAUCUGGACACAAGGAUAUUGCCGGCAUGGCGUCAUCAUCUAGCACAAUAACACCAACUGUAUUAAAAGCUGGCGGAAUAAAAGAUGCAAAUGAGAAAAAUAAUAGCAAUGCUGCUGACAAUAGUGCUGGCACAAAUGCAGCGACGGCAGCCUCAACUCAUGCCAGCGAUUGUAAUUCUGUUGAUGCAAUCAAGGUGGAAAUUAAGGAGGAAUCACCAGAUAUGGAUGUGGACAUACAGCUGCCACCUCAUGCUGUCAGUAAACAUUUGGAGGAGGCGUACACACUUUUCUUUGCCAACAACAAUUGGUAUUUAUUUUUGCGACUACAUGCCAUUUUAUGUGAGCGGUUGUGCACAAUGUAUGAACGAGCGCAAAUGUUGGCCAUCGAAGAAGAACGUCAUCGUUCAAAUCGUCGUGAAAGCACAGCGACAGCAUUAAGACUGAAACCGAAACCUGAACCGCAUGUGGAUGAGUAUUAUCCAGUUUUUCUGGAAAUGCUCAAGAAUGUGCUUGAUGGUAAUAUGGAUUCGAAUUCAUUCGAGGAUUCUAUGCGUGAAAUGUUUGGCAUACAUGCCUACAUCUCCUUUACGCUCGACAAGGUGGUUUCGAAUGCUGUCCGCCAGCUGCAAAACUGUGUUACUGAACGCGGUGCACUUGAGUGUGUUGAAUUGUUCCAUCAUGAGCAACGACGUGGUGGUGCAGGCAGUUAUUGCCGCGAUGCGCAGAAGAAUUACGCCAACGAAUUGGCAUACCAGCGCAAAGCUGAAGCUAGUUUACAUGAGGAGAACUGCUUCAAAGUAUAUAUUUAUAAAAUUGACUGCCGUGUAACGAUCGAACUGCUCGACACUGAAGUUGAAGAGGCGGAAAAACCUUUAAAUAAAGUGAAAUCUUGGAGUAAAUAUGUAGAUCGUCUAGCUAAUCCCGUCGCGAACAGCAUUAGCAGUCAAAAUGCUGUAAAUUUGUCCAACACAAGUAUGGGCGGUACAGCGAGUAAUACUAGUGCCGUUAGCAACACAAGUAAUUCUAAUGCGCUGGGCAUGCCGACUAUGUCAGGCAGUCUAGCAGGUGCAAACGGCGGCGAAAUUAAGCUUGAGCGGAUGGAUGAUGACGCACUGGGUGCACAUCUGACAUGUAAAGCUCGCUUUCUCAAACGCAACAAGCGGCUGGCUUGCCUGCGCGCAGAUCAGCAGACACGUUUGCAGCAAUUAAAAUCGGCGAACGCCACAACGAACACCGGCGCUACAAAUGCAUUAAAUAAAGCAUCCGCUGCAGCAGUGGCGAAUGUAGCAGCAGACGCUGGCAGCGCCAGUGCCACUACAGACAGCAAUAUGAAUAGCAGCAGCAGCAGCAAUAACCCGGCGACAACUGGCAGCGAAGCCCAUUGGAGUUGGAAUAAGCGACCGCCAGAACGCGUGGGUAGCAUUGUGGUGGGCAGCGGUGCGGAGAAGUACUUCGUCAACGAUCGCGACGAAAUCAAAUUCAACGCAUUCGGCCGCCAAGUAAUUGCAAUCAACAAGAAUCUACAGUUGUUCAAAUGGGACUCGGUGCGGCGUGCGAAAUUGUCACACACUAACGUAACGCAACGCAAACACAAACAAUUUCAACGUUUUACACAAAAGUGGCUGGCGGAGCACGUUAGCGAAUUGGCGCAACAGCAAUGCACGGACUGGCUGCUCGGCAAGACGGUGCCUAACAACAGCAGCAGUGGUAGUAGUAGUGUCAACUGGGCGCUGAAAACCAAGGUGAUACCGCAAAAUGAUGUGAAACGUACGCCAUACCGUAUUUACAAUCGUUAUAAAGUGACAUACAGCGGGAACCCGAACAGUUGUGCAGAUGUUGCUAGUGGCAACAGUAGUGGCGUCGCUAGCGGUAGUCGUGUGCCAGGUGGUAGUAGUAGUAGUGGUGGUGGUGGUAAUGCGCCGGUAGCGGAUACUCAUGCCACAACAACAGCAACGAAUACGGCGCAUUGCAAUAGCACGGCACAGUCGCAGACAUCCUCGAAUGCUGCAUCACUAGCAAAUGUCGGUCCAAGCAAUGUUGGUGGUGUUGGUGUGCCGGCGACUGCAAGUGUAGUGACGGUGACGACACCGUCAACAUUAACAUCCACAACAGAAGCGUAUAAAUUGGCAACAGGUAGUAGUAAUAAUAGCACCAGCAAUAACAACAAUCGACAAUUGGAAAGCUGAAUUUGACCGAAAAAUGCGGUGAGCGGUAAACGUCGACGUUUAAGCGAACGCGCACAGGUUUGAUUUACAGCAAGUAAUACUGACAACAACAACACAACAAUAAAAGAAAAAAAACAAUUAUGUAAUGAUAGCAGCUAAAUAGCUUUCAUAAUGCAAGGCUAUUUGAUUUGAUGCCCAGUUAUGUGUAUAAUAUUUUUUUUUCCUUUGUUCUUAAGAUCAUUUGUUAUAAGUUUUGAAUAUUUGCAAUUUAACACAAAUUUUAGGCAUUAAGAAAUACAUAUUUUCCAUAUUUAACUAUAAAAUUACGUUUUUUUUUUAUUUGUGUUUACUAAUUUAUUUUGAAAAGAAGAAAGUAGUUGUUAGGUUCGUGAAUAGCUGUAACUCAUUUUCAAACUUACUCUACUCGGUACAACUGAGCAUAAUAUAUAAAUAUAAACAUACAUACAUAACAUCUGAAUUGUUUUAAGUUGUGCUUCUUAAUAACAACUUCCGUUUGCAGGACUAACACUGCAUUAGAUGUAGACAAAAAAAAAAAACAAUAACAAAAAAAAAAUGGAAGAGCAGCUCA